GGUGAACAUAACAAAAUCAUCGCAUUCAAAACUGGAGAACGAGCCAGAGAAAGGGGAGACAGAGAGAGAGGAGGCAUGAAGAUUGUUUGGAUUUUGUUGUUGUCAAUGUUAGUGGCUUCAAACGCGGAUCAAGGUUUCGAUGUUCGUCAACACCUAUCCACCGUUACCAGAUACGAUGCUGUGAAAGAUGUUGCUCAAAAUCUGUUUGAGCCUUCAGAAGUUCCCCGUGACUGCACACCUAUCCAUCUUAACCUUGUGGCUAGGCAUGGAACUCGGUCUCCGACCAAGAAACGGUUGCGAGAAUUAGAGAAUUUGGCUGUUCGGUUUAAGGAACUUGUAAAAGAUGCAGAAGGUAGGAAUUCGCCGUUGCACAAGAUUCCUGGCUGGUUAAGGGAGUGGGAAUCUCCUUGGAAAGGAAAAGUGAAGGGUGGGGAACUGAUAAGUCUAGGAGAAGAGGAAUUGUAUCGGCUGGGAAUUCAGGUCAGAGAGAGAUUUCCCAACCUGUUUGAGGAUGAUUACCACCCGGAUGUCUACAUGAUAAGGGCUACACAGAUUCCUCGAGCAUCUGCAAGUGCUGUGGCGUUUGGCAUGGGGCUGUUUAGUGGGAGAGGAAAGCUGGGACCUGGCCAGAAUAGAGCAUUCGCUGUCACCAGUGAAAACCGUGCAAGUGAUACAAAGUUGAGAUUUUUCGAGUGUUGUCAAAACUAUAAGUCCUACAGAAAAUCCAAGGAACCUGCUGUUGAUAAACUCAAGGAACCUGUUCUGUACGAGAUUACUGCAGCUGUAGCGAAGAGAUAUGAUAUAAAUUUCACAAAACAGGAUAUUUCUUCACUCUGGUUUCUGUGCAAGCAGGAAGCAUCACUGCUAAAUGUAACUGAUCAAGCUUGUGCCCUUUUUACCCCAUCUGAGGUUGCUUUGCUUGAGUGGACGGAUGAUCUAGAGGUGUUCAUCCUCAAAGGUUAUGGCAAUUCCUUGAACUAUCGAAUGGGAGCUCCUUUGCUACAGGAUGUUUUACAUUCAAUGGAAGAAGCUGUCAAGGCCCGAAAAGAGAAGCUGCCUUCUGGAAGUUAUGAGAAGGCAAGGCUUAGGUUUGCACAUGCUGAAACUGUGGUUCCCUUUUCUUGUCUCCUUGGGCUUUUCCUCGAUGGAUCUGACUUCGAGAAAAUUAAAAAGGAGCAACCUUUGGAACUCCCUACGAAGCCACCCAAGAGCAGAAACUUCAGAGGCCGUACAAUGGCUCCUUUUGGUGGGAACAACAUGCUCGUCCUCUAUAGCUGUCCUGCAGACUCCUCCUCAGCCAAUUACUUUGUGCAAGUUCUGCAUAAUGAGCAACCCAUUCCACUUCCAGGUUGCGAUGGGAAGGACUUCUGCCCUCUUGAAGUUUUCAAGGAGAGAAUAGUGGAGCCUCAUCUCAAGCAUGACUUUGACAUUCUCUGCAAUGCUAAGCCGGAUGGGCAGCCAGCAUCCAGUACGUUGUCUUUGCUGUACGGUUGGCUGUUUGGAUCGAGAAAUGGAGAUACCGAGCUCUAGUUUUUCCAUAACAAAAGAAAGAAAGGUCACACACUAAUUUUUACAACGUAGUUCUUUAGCUGAAAAAGGCGUGCGAGGCCAAUUUCGAUUUCGAUGGUUUGUUUCCCGUAGAAUCGUUGUUCAUUCUGAAUGUUCAUGUAAACGCCCUACAAACAUGUUGAAAUGGAAAACUCCAUUCCUGGCCAGUGGCUUUGAAACCAUUUUUUA